AUGGGGCAGGAUAAGUUUUUGGUGGUCACAGAUUUGAUAGCCGUAUCUGUAAGUGCAGUUCGUGAUGCUGUUAAGGGGUUAAAGGAAGGAGUUGAAGAUUUUGAUUUCCUUGUCUUGGGAAAGAAGCCCACAUGGAAGAUUGGUUCAUCUUUUUCCAUCAAGAAAGUCUCACAAGCCUUACCCAAAGUUCAGAUUGAUGAUGAUGUGGACUUGAUUGAUGAGGACAGCCUCUUGACUGAAGAGGACCUCAAGAAACCCCAAUUACCACCUGUGGGUGAUUGUGAAGUUGGGAGCACAAGGAAAGCUUGCAAAAAUUGUACUUGCGGACGAGCUGAAGCAGAGGAAAAAGUGGAGAAGCUUGGACUUACAAUGGAUCAGCUGGAUAAUCCUCAAUCUGCUUGUGGAAAUUGUGGUCUUGGUGAUGCUUUUCGGUGUGGUACAUGUCCCUAUAAGGGCCUUCCUCCAUUUAAGCUAGGCGAAAAGUAUAAUAUAGUUCUUUGCCUCAAAAUAGAAAGGAAAAGGAAGGGAUAUGUAACUGAUGCUGGCACGUUGGUUUUCACUUGCUGCAGGUUUCUUUAUCAGGGAACUUCCUUGCAGCGGACAUUUAACUCCAAGAAGCCGAAGCUCGCAAAUUCCUGA